AAGAGCUCGCACCUCAUCGUGGUACUGGAGUCUAGUAGCCACAAGGCGAAGCUAAGACGAGCUCACUUUUGUAUAUAGCAUUUCAUUUCUUAUUUCUUUUGUUACUUUCAUUGCAUUCGUUGCUUUGCCUCUUCUACCUGCUCUUCCUCUGUCUCCCCUGCCUUUCCUGCCUUUCCUGCCUACCCUGCCUACCCUGCUUUCCCCUGCCCUGCCCUGCCCUUCACUUCCCUUCCCCUUCCCCUACCCUUCCCAUGCCCAUCCCAUACCAUUCCCUGCUUCCCUGCCUUUCCCUACCCUUUCCCUACCCUUUCCCUACCCUUCCCUGCCCUUCACUUACCCUUCCCUUACCCUUCCCUUGCUUUCUAUUAAUCCAUCUGUGUAUCCCCCUCCCCCGUCUAUUCUUACUCAUUUGGUUCACUUCCCACUGCAUAACGGGUAGUCGAGCCCCCGUGCAUAACAGACUUUUGAGUCCCAUUGCAUAACAGGCAGUCGAACCCCAGUGCAUCGAACCUUCAAACCCCAGCGAAGAGCGGGUGCCCGUGGCUAGCCUGGACCAGC